GGCCCGAACGCAAGACCAGUUGACACGCUCGUCUGUCACGCGCAGCUUGCCAAAAUCUGAUUCUCAAGCCCCGAUGCAGUACUCCAGGGUGCUCGCGGGCGUCGCCCUGCUGCUUGCCGCCGUGGACGUGGUCGGGGGCGACCAGACCAGCGGCCAACAGGCAGGCCAGCCAGCUGGCCUCGUGGACUGGGGAGAGGGCAAGAAGCUCCUCAAGCCCAACGGGUCGGUGCUCGUCCCCGGGCGCAUCCCGACGGAGGUCCGCCCGAGCUCGCUGAAGCCACGCUCCGCGCUGAACGAGCUCGGGGGCGCCGCGCCCGCGCCCCCGGCGCCCGGAGCGCCACCGGCGGCCUCGCUGGUCGAGCUCGCGGGCCUCGCGCCCGAGCUCGGGGAGGACGCGGUGAAGGCGCUGAACACGGCCUUGAACGUGGUCGGCAAGUCGGGCUCGGAGCAGCUCCGCAAGAUCGUGAAGAGCUUCGAGCCGGAGUACAUGCUGGCUGGGGGCACCUCGCAGGCGAAGGACUCGCUGAUGAUGAUGCUCAUGGGGCUGCCGUUCGCCUUCCAGGCGGGCGGCAUCGGCACCCGCGUGCCCUGCCUCUACCGCACCUUCAAGAGCGAGAACGCUUCCAUGGAGGUGACCAUGCGCUACCACGACGGCCUGAGCCAGGACGGCGAGGUAUCGCCCGAGAGCGUCGUGGGAAAGAUCGAAGAGCACAUGGGGAAGUACGCCACGCCAAAACCUGGCCGGUUCGGGGAGGACCCCAUCGAGAUCUUGGUCAGCGGACCCGAGCUGCAGGGGGCCGUCUAUAAGAACAUGAUGGGCCGGGUGGUGGGCAGGGACCCCGAGUCGGUCAAGAAUUCGCGCGACAUCGACGAGAUCUACAAGCACCACGUCAGCAGCCCCAACGUCCAGCUGAUCGCGGUGGAGAAGGCACAGACGAACCCUGCCAACUCGAUGAUCGCGCCCUUCGCUUCCCAGAUCGACCCCACGGGGAAGCGCACCAUCUGGGUGAAGACGUGGGCGGACUAUGGUAUUUCUGAGAAGAGCGCGGAGAGCGGGAGCACGUGCCGCGAGGUCCAGAACUACUUCCGCGAGAUGGACUUCGAGAAGCCGCCGGGCAGCCCCCCGACCUUCUGGAUUGCCACCGUGGAGGCCAAACCGUACCUGCAGGACCCGAGCCUCUCAUUCGAGGAGCGCCGGAAGGAACUCGAGAACAACAUCGCGAAGAAGGAGGCCAAGAUGCAGGCCUUCAUCGACGGGUGGAAGGCGAAGGGGUGCUUCUUCGAUUUCGAGGACAACAUUAAGGUGACCAAGCUCCGGAAGUAUCUGUCCGAUCGCCACGGCCAGACCAUCACCGCGAAGCUGCCGGAGCUCAUCCAGGCCCUGGAGCGAGCCAAGGAGUCCAUGGAUGAGCAGGUGCUGCACAUGAAGGACGAGCUUGAGAGCAUGCCCGGGGGUGACUCGCCCUCGUCAGAGCUCCUGCAGCUCAUGAUCACCUACAAGGCGCUGUUCGACGAGCAGAUGAUGGGCGAGCGAAGCCCGCCAGCCGCAGGGCUGAGCUACGUGGAGGUCCAGAAGAUCCAGGAGAGCGAGUUCCACACGACCGCGGCCCAGCUGGCCACCGAGCUGCUGGCCAGCUGGCGGGAGAGGGGCAACCCCGAGCACAUGGACGAGGCGUUCGACCGGCGGCUCGAGGAGGUGGCCCGCAUGCUGAACUACCCCCAGGCCAAGCAGAAGCUGAGCAUCACGGGCCACCACUGGACCCACAUCACCAACAUGUACAUGCUCCUGGUGCGCUCGCUCCGAGAUCUCAUCGAGCGGCGACCCCUGACGUGGAACCUGGGCGCCGUCGGCAUCGCGGGGCCCAACCUGUGCAACGCAGCGGCCAGGGAGGCGCGCGACGUCUUCAUGACGCAGACCUCGAAGUUCGGCCAGCACCUCAUGGUCUUCGGCAUGCAGUGGCUGCUCGAGAAGCACCAGCGCGUCGUGCGGAAGCUCCUCAUGGCGAUGCCCCGCAACAGCGCCUACGCGAGCGACGCCAUGCUGAACGCGGAGCUGGACGAGGUCGAGCAGUUCUUUCUCGAGAAGUGGACGCGCGACUUCUCGAGCAGCUUCGAUGUGCAGCUCAGCAAGGCGACGCUCAAUAUCCAGCAGUUCAAGAUCCAGAAUAUGCUGAACAACAUGGGGAAAGGCGCGGAGGGCGCCACGACGAACACGGAGUACGCCAUAACAGCCUGCUCGGAUGUACCUGGCGCCGAGCUGCAGGCCACCUGGCUCAAGACGCUGGAGUUCCCCUUGUGCAGGUGCUCCGUCGAGGGACAGGGCGUGUUCUGUGGGACCGAGAGGGCAGCCGACCGAUCGUUCAACGCAACCGUGGUGAGGGCCCAUCCGGCCUGCGCCUACAACGAGCCUUACUGCGCCAAGGCGCCUCAGAAGCACGAGCUCCGCGACUUGGCCGUGCUCUUGGACCCCGUGCCCAAGGACUGUGGCAGCCUUUACGAUGAGCUCAUAGACAGCUCCGUGGAUGACAUGGUGAUGUGGGUUGGCACGGAGAUGUACCACAUGCUCCAUGGAACCCGAGGGGGUAUUUUGAAACACCCGGCGCUCGCCGUGGAAAUGUACAACAAGCUCAAGGGGCAGAAGACCGAAGACUACGUCGCCAAGGCAUUCCCUAGCCUCGGCCAGCGGCGGCUCCUCUCCGAGAAGAUGGAGAAGACAAAGGUAGACGUCGAAGAGAUCACGGGCGCGCUCGCCUACUUCCAAGACGCGCUGACAUCGGGCAAGAACAUCCUGGCGUAGGCCUUCAGGUGUGCCAUGGCCCGACUUCGCGCUGCAAUCGCGCGGCCGACACACGCAUUCGGGCAAGCCCUUUUGGAAUGCUGGAGCCCCAGACGGGACCCACAGAAUUCGCCCUCCCCUCCUCCUCCUCCGCCUCCUCCUCCUCCUC